UCUUGUUCUUGUGAACGUCGUCUGUCCAGCUGGAUAAACGCGAGGCUUGGUCUUGUGAACGUCGCCUGCCCAAUAAGUGCAUGUUGUGUUCAAGUGAACGACCUUUGCCUAACUUGAUAAACGCGAUUCGGGUUUUUGUGAACGUGGCUUGAUAAAUCACGAGGUAUAGAAACGUCUUGGCCAACGUAAUGGAGUCCGUCGCUUGUGUUCGGUCGUCUUCGGCGUCUCCGCCGACGUCUGUUGUCGCACCGGUAGCAGUGAAGGCUAUCAUCAGUAGCCAGCAUCAAAUGAGUCAACAGCAGCAGCAACAACAGAUGGGUCAACAGCAAAUAGCAGCAGUGGCAGCCGUUGAACAACAGCAAAGACUUCAUCAGUUGUACCAGUUAGCGCUUGCCGAGCGCAUCAGGAUCGCCGCCGCAAACUGGCCACGGCCUGAACUUCAUCCACCACUCCAUUUGCCGCCAAUACAGGGACACGUUCCCUUGCCACAACCUCAUCCAGCCUAUCAUCCACUCUACCCCUACAGGUUCAUGGUAGACCCCAGAACCCUGUAUAGGGUUCCUGAAGAACCCAAGCCCCAGCACAGUUACAUCGGGCUCAUAGCGAUGGCCAUCCUCAGUGUCCCCGAGAAGAAACUGGUGUUGAGCGAAAUUUAUUCAUAUAUUUUGGAACACUACGCAUACUUCCGAACGAGAGGCCCCGGCUGGAGGAACUCUAUACGACAUAACUUGUCACUGAAUGAUUGUUUCGUAAAGGCUGGUCGCUCAGCAAACGGCAAAGGCCAUUACUGGGCCAUACACCCCGCAAACAUGGACGACUUCAGCAGGGGUGACUUCAGACGCCGACGGGCCCAACGUAGAGUCAGACGUCACAUGGGCCUGACCGUGGACGACGAUAGUUCUCCUGAACCUCCUCCACCAACACCCCCACCAAUAAGUCUUCCUUUACCCUCUGCCGAACUGCACAUAUCUUCUCAACUGGUCGUGGCACCGUCCCGCAAACGACAGUUCGACGUAGCCAGUCUCCUGGCUCCCGACGACCACACCGAACAGGUAGACCAACUACUUAAGUCGCGACGACAUAGCCUGAAACAAGAGGCUCCAUCAACACCAACAGAAGAAUCUAUCAAAUCAGAAAGUGAUUAUAGGGAAGAAACGUCCUCGCCAAAUCGCCUUCCAAGACAAUCUUCCAACAACAACUGGCUGUCGUGGCCGUGGCGGCCUCAGGAGCUGGCUCAGUUAGAAUCUUCACCGUCUAACUGACAUCAGCUCUAGGCAUAAAAUAUUUGAUUUAAAUCUUAUUGUAAUAUAUUCUGUCCAAAUUUAUGUAUAGAUCGUGCAUAUAAACUGUUGGAUGUGAAAUGUAUGUGAAUUGACGUCUGAAAAAUGUAUUUUUAGAUAUCAUGUAUAUAUAAGAAAUUUCUUAAUUGUUUUCGGCCAUAGCUUUUCAAACCACCGGUGUACUCGUAUUGAGCUGGUGAGUUAAUUCGAGCUCGAAUAUCUCGUGGAAUAAUUCAGACGUUUGUUAUAUAAGACUAUAAUUUUUGAUAACAGUUCGUCAUUUGUUAAAAAAUUCAAUAUUCUCUAUUCUAAACUUUUUGAUGACAAAUUCUUCACGAAUAAUUACAUUCGAUUCAAAAAUUGGCGGUAAUAAAAUUGUGAGAUUAUCAUGGUAUUUUUUCCAACAUUAUCCACCGCGUAUGGAUUUUUGUUCGUUCAAACAUCACUUAAAGAGGGAACUCAUUAUUUUAUAGUGAUUAUCUCCCAUAGAGGAAGGGAACUAUGAAUAUAUCUAA